AUGAACAACAUUCUUCCAUUUACUAGCACACUAGUCACUUGGAUAGCCGGACUUACCACGAUUGGCACCAUUGCCUUCGGCCUCUACUACAUCGGGACUCCUGAAGAUGCAUCACUACCCCCAGAUCCAGUCUUUAUUCAAGAGCAUUCAAAGAUCAUCAAACUACACCACAACAUACGAAUCGUAUACAAGGCUCAUAAACUAGGCCAUGAUGUGCCUCUGAUUGUCUUUGUGCACGGACUGGGUGGCAAUCUGCAGCAGUGGGACGAACAAAUGAUACACUUCAACGCUAUGGCUCCCGUCUUGGGCAUGGACUUGGUUGGACAUGGACGAUCUGAAAAGUGCACGAAUCUACAGCACUACAAAACAUCAUAUAUCGCAGACGAAAUAGUGCAUUUGAUCAAGUCGCAUUAUGGAUCAUACCAGAAAUUCGUGUUUAUUGGGCACUCGUACGGAUGCUGCCUUCUUACAUCGCUGCUCUCGAGGCAUGAGGAUAUCAAGUCGAAAACACUGGCCGUAUCCUUCAUUGCACCGAAAUACCAACUCACUGACAAGGAUGUAAAGGCAUUCAAACGAGCUAUAGCCACGCCCUCGUUUUUAAUAGAUAUAGUCAGGUGGUUUGACCGACGUGGUGGCAUACACUCUCACUCUGUAGAAAGAGUAUUGGCUUCAGGUAACGCCAUGGAACGUGCACCGGCCUCUGUCGUAGACGUACUCACCCUCAUUCGUGUACUAGGUGCAUCUACCGAACUACGAGAACGUCAGCUACGAUGGAAUAAAGCCAACACAACAAGCACAGUCAAACGCUGUGCCGCGGGAUUGGAAUGGGUGACUGAUGAAGACUAUAAGGAACUCAGUCUCCCGCUGCUGCUGAUUGUGGGUGAAGACGAUCGUGUGACUCCCAUAGACAAUGUAGAGAAGCUGUAUACCCUGAUAUCAAAAGUAUCAAAGCUCUGCCCUGAGCCCUACGUUGUUCCUGCCACAGGGCAUUCUGUCAUGUGUGAGAAGGUGGAUCAAGUGGCGGCGUUUAUUAGUGGAUUCUUGGUUGACGAGUGCAAGAUUGAGUCAAUGAGUCUCAAGGAUCAGAUCCUAAGAGAUCAGCGAGUAGCAUUUGAGAAGUGGUCCCUCAAAAACUAUGCCAAGUGGUUCAAAAUCCAGAACGUUUCUGCUUUGGUUGGAAGAUCGCGAUUCAGAGGCAUGAAAGUCCUCAAACAAGACGACGCCAUACACACUCCGAAACGCCUCGCACAAGACUACCCACAAAUCUGCGGCCUCAUCGAUAUAUCACUCGACGACCAGCCGCCAUAUGAUAUCGCAGACUUUGCAAACACUGGCAUCGAAUACAUCAAACUACCAACAAUAUCAAAGAUACCACCUGCCAAAGAAGAAGUCGCAGCCUUCAUCAAAACCGCCCGAGCCUUUUGGAAACGUAAACCGACUUCAGAGUUGGGUGUACACUGCCACUAUGGAUUCAAUCGCACGGGGUUUCUGAUUGUGUCGUAUCUGAUUGAGGAGGACAAGUACAGCGUGAGUGACGCUAUAGCUGCUUUUGCCGCUGCGAGACCUCCAGGCAUCAAGCACCUGCACUUCAAAGACGCCCUCUACACACGAUACGAGGCUCCAUUAGCUCGUUUGCAUCAACAUACGCAUCCUCAUGUCAUAGAAGCAGAUACAGUGCUCGGGAGGGCGCUGUCUGACUUGGAUUUAUAA